UGCUUAGAGGCAGUAAUUCUUUCCAUCUAUUUUACGUGUGGCUUAGAAGGCCUUGAUCGCUUUCCCAUAUCUAUUAAAUCAUGUUUUAAUUCUCAUCAUCACAGACAUGUUGUUUUAGGAAUCCAUUACUCAGGCAGAUACGGAGCUCUUGGAUUAAGUAGACGAAGAACUUUGAUGUAUAAACCAUUAAUAUAUAGAUCGCUUAUGGAUCUAAUUCAACAGUAUAAAACAUCUUCUGAAGAAUGUUAG